AUGGCGACCUCGAAGAAAAAUCUCAAGGCGACGAAGAAAUUCGAGAAGAAACACCUCAAAGGUACCCUCGAAAAACGGAAAUCCGUCGCAAAGAUCAAGCAACGACAACAGAUCAAGGACAAGAAGAAAGCCAAGCGCUCGCAAGAUGACGAUUUCUUCAAGGGGCCCGGAGGCGACGAAGCCAAAAAGGCUGUUAGCAAGAAGCCCGGCGCUAAGGCGAAUGAGAUGAGUGUCGAUGACUUCUUCAAGGGCGGCUUUGAAAUUCUCGACAACAAGUCUGCUGGCAAGACGAAAGCGACCGCAAAACUGGGGAAACGCAAGCGUGGCGAGGCGGAUGUCCGGGAGAACGCUUCGGAUGAUAGCGGCAGUGAGUCGGAGGUUUCGGGCAAUGACGAGCCCAUCGGGAACGAUAGCGAGGACGCCGACGCCGACGAAGGCAGUGAUGCCGACGACCUGGGUAUGAGCAAGGGCGCCAUGGAAGCCCUGGCUGCAAACGACCCGGAGUUCUACAAAUUCCUCAAGGAGAACGACCCGGAGGCACUCGACUUUGACGAAAAUGCGGACCUGGCCGAAAUCGACGACUUGAGCGGCAGCGAAGCGGAAGACCAACAACCCAAGAAGAAGCAAAAGAAGGACAAAAAGGCCGCCAGGGGCGACGACGGUGAUGAUCGGGAACUUACGCAGGCCAUGGUUGCCAGGUGGAAGACCGCCAUGGACACGACGCGGUCUCUCAGGGCCGCCCGCCAGACGGUCAUUGCUUUCCGCUGCGCAGCCCACCUAAACGAGACCGACGAAGAGAACCCGCAACGCUAUACCAUCACAAACCCCAACGUAUUCCAUGACAUUGUCGUUGUUGCGCUGAAGGGGAUUCCCGAAGUCCUGCAGCAUCAUGUCCCGGUUAAGGAGUCGGCCUCUGGCAAGGUCUAUGUCCAGACAGAGGGCAAGAAGUUCAAGACGAUGUCGAUGCUGAUCAAGAGCUUUGCCGCCUCCAUCAUCCGGCUCCUGGGGACCCUGUCCGAUGAGGCGACCCUCAAACUCACCCUGUCGGCGUUGCAACCACUACUGCCGUACUUGCUUUCCUUCCGCAAACUACUGAAGAUGCUGAUCAAGACCGUCGUCGCUUUCUGGUCCCAGUCUGCCAGCACAGACACCACCAGGAUAACGGCGUUCCUCGUGAUCCGUCGUCUUGUGGUUGUUGGUGACAAGGCGGUCCGGGAAGUCGUUCUCAAGGCAACCUACCAAGGACUGGGCAUCAACCUCAUGAAAAAUUCGGCCGCGGAGCUGUGGGGCCUCGACCAGACCCUGGGCUACACAACGGCUUUCUCCUCCAUCCGCCAACUUGCCAUCCACCUGCGCAACAGCAUCGUCAAUAACAAAAACGAUGCGUUCCGCGCGGUAUACAACUGGCAGUACGCCCACUCGCUCGACUUCUGGUCCUGCGUCUUGUCCGAGCACUGCAGCCCUCUCAAAGAAGCCGAGGCCGGCAAGGAAAGCCAGCUCAAGCUCCUCAUCUACCCUCUCGUCCAAGUGACUCUGGGCGCGAUGCGUCUCAUCCCCACCUCGCUCUACUUCCCCCUGCGCUUCCAACUCAUCCGCUCGCUCCUGCGCCUCUCCCGCGCGACCGAUACCUACAUCCCGCUAGCGUCAGUCCUCCUCGAGGUGCUCAGCGCCGCGGAGAUGAAGAAACCGCCCAAGUCGUCGACCCUCAAACCACUCGAUUUCGCCGUCGCCUACAAGGCCCCCAAAUCAUACCUGCGCACGCGCGUCUACCAAGACGGCGUCGGCGACCAAGUCGUCGAGCUACUAUCGGAGUUCUUCGUGCUCUGGUCACGCAGCAUCGCAUUCCCCGAGUUCGCCCUCCCCGUCAUCAUCAGUCUCAAGCGUUGGCUCAAAGAGAGCCGCAAGCCCGGCAAGGGCAACAAGAACGGCAAGAUGGCGUCUGCGCUGGUCCUGUUGGUCCAGAAGCUCGAGGCCAAUGCCAAGUUCAUUGAGGAUAAGCGCGCCAAAGUGGACUUUUCGCCCAAGGACCGGGCGCAGGUAGAUGCAUUCCUUAAAGAUAUGGAGUGGGAGCGGACGCCAUUGGGGGCGUUUGUGGCGUCGCAGCGGAAAUUGAGGGCCGAGAAGCAGCGGCUGGUGGAGGAGGCGAGGAAGGAAGAGGAGAAGAAGCGGAAGGAGGAGGAGCGGGAGGCUUUGGAAGAUGGUCUGGAAGGGGAGAGUGGGGAUGAGGAAGAUGAGGAGGAGGAGGAGGAGGAUGUGGAUUCAGAGGAAGAUGAUGAAGAUGAGGAUGAAGACGAUGAUGAGGAGAGCGAAUGA